AUGCAAUCGCCAGUGUCACCUUCUUGCAAGAGACAAGAAAAGCAAGAAGUUGCUCAAAUAAAGCAAAACGAUCAACAAGGUGUUGUUGACUUGUUAACACCACCAAGUGCUUCAUCAUCCUCAUCAUCGCCUGAAGGAGAUUCACUUGCAGCUGUUAAAGCAUCUAUUACUGCAUUUUCACCAAAUCAUCAUGAUUACUAUCACCAAGCUCAUUUAAGCAAGGCUCAAUUCAACUCCAUCUUGGUCAAUUGUGCUACGAAUUUAUUAAAAAUCUUGUAUUCGAAGCAACAGCACCAACAGCACACUUGUGACACCAAACAAGUCAAGCAAUUCAUUAUUGAGAUACUCAAACGGUCCAAAACGUCAAUUCAAUCGUUGCAGUUGGCUUGUUUUUACAUUUACAAGUUGAUAAUUGCCACCACCAACAACAAGAACAACAACUUACACUUGCCAAUGAAAUGCCAACAUUUAUUUCUUGGACUAAUUAUAAUUGCCUCCAAAUUUAACCAGGAUUAUAACUACUCCUUCAAGUCGUGGUGUAAAAUUAUUGGGUUAGGUGACGAAGAUACGACCAAGCAUGUUAAACAUUUGCGCAAUGUUGAAGUUCAAAUACUUGGAUUAUUAAAUUACGAGAUGGGGUUAAUGGGGGACAAAUAUGAAAAUUGGUGUAAUAUCUUGUUCAUAUUUGGAUAUGAUUUCAUCAAGUAUCAAAUUAUUAAACAAAACCAAAUGGACAAUGUUGUGUCUAAUGAUUUAAUUUGGGAUUUGGAUGUAUCUUCAUAUAUGAUUAAAUUAGACAAAUGGAGACAAUUUUUCCAAGAUUUAAAGCUUGAUAAUUUGAAUCUUGUCAAGAUUAGAUUUGAAUCUUAUUUCACUCAACAAUUGAAUCAAAAGGUGUUUAUCGUUCUUGAGCAACAAGAGUCAACUAAAAAGAGAUGCAGAGAUGACAUAACUGUCAGUUUAUUUGAUCAUGUGAAAAAGAUUAAAGUUUAG